AUGGUGGAGUACGUGCAAGAGCCUUGCCCCUGGCGAAUUGUGGAUGAUUGUGGUGGGGUCUUUAUCAUGGGUAUGUUAAGUGGUGGUAUCAUUCAAAUAAUUAAAGGCUUCUCCAGUUGUAAAUGGGGAAUAAACCACAGAUUUCAUGGCAGUUUGACAGCUAUUAUAACCGUGUUGCCACAUUUAGAAGGUAGCUUUGCAGUUAGGGAAGGUCUAUUUUCCAUGAAUGAAUGCAGUAUGGUUCAAAUCAGAGAGAAAGGAGAUCCCUGGAAUUCUGUUACAGGUGGUAGGCUGAGGACGUGUGGUGUCUUAACGGGAGCUAUAUUGACAGCAAGAAAUGGACCAGUGAGCAUGUCUGGGUCAGCCACAGUUGGGUCCUUUGCAAUGGGUGGCAUUCUUCUAACAUUAGUUGAAGGGGCUGGUAUCUUAUUGACAAGACUUGCCUUUGCAUAA